AUGAAGCUCUCGACCCUUGUGUCACAGGUCGUCCUGUCAUCCCUCGCCGCCGCGGCUGCAAUCCCGGGCACCCACUUUGGUCCAUUCACAGUCGUUUCCGAUGCUGAGCGGCGAGACCUCCACCAAGAUGUCGUCACUUGGGAUGCACACUCUCUCUUCAUCCGCGGCGAGCGCGCCAUGAUAUACUCUGGCGAGUUCCACCCCUUCAGACUUCCGGUGCCUAGCCUGUGGCUAGACGUGUUUCAAAAGAUCAAGGCCUUGGGCUUCAACACGGUCUCCUUCUACGUCGACUGGGCUCUACUCGAAGCCAAAGAGGGCGACUACCGCGCUGAGGGCAUCUUUGACCUAGAUCCCUUCUUCAAGGCGGCCGAGACUGCUGGCAUUUUUCUCAUUGCCCGCCCUGGCCCAUACAUCAACGCCGAAGUCGCAGGUGGUGGCUUUCCCGGACGUCUCCAGCGUCUCGCCGGUCAACUGCGUACCAAGUCUCCAGACUUCCUGAACGCGACCGAAAACUAUAUGAGCAACAUUGUCCCACUCAUUGCUAAAUACCAAAUCACAAACGGCGGCCCAGUCAUCCUCUAUCAAGCUGAAAAUGAGUACAGCAUCAGCAAUGGCAGGGUUCCCUUUCCUGAUGGCGAGUACAUGCAAGCCGUCAUUGACCAGGCACGUCGUUUUGGUAUUGUGGUCCCCAUCGUGAACAACGAUGCUAGUAAGGACGGGCAUAACCGCCCUGGCACUGGUGCUGGUGGGGUAGACAUCUAUGGCUACGACGCGUAUCCUCUUGCCUUCGAUUGUUCCAACCCUUCUUUUUGGCGCCCCGACGCUCUCCCCGUCGAUUAUCACGAGGUGCACAUGAAAAACAGUCCCAACACCCCAUUCCUCAUCAACGAGUUUGGCGGUGGCUCCUACGACCCUUACGGCGGUGUUGGCUACGAAAAAUGUGCUGCCCUCACCAACCACGAGUACGAGCGUGUAUUCAACAAAGAUACACUCGCUGGCGGUAUUGGCAUUCUCAGUAUAUACAUGCUUUUCGGUGGUACCAACUGGGGCAACCUUGGCCACUCUCGCGGUUACACCUCAUACGACUACGGCUCUGCCAUUCGUGAGGAUCGCUACCUCGACAGAGAAAAGUACUCGGAACUCAAGCUCGAAGCCCUUUUCAACAGAGCCUCCCCCAGCUAUCUCCUCACCACGCCUGGCGAUCUAAGCACCACUCGAUACACUGACAACGUCAACAUUGCUGUGACUCCGCUGCAGUCCAACGGCACUGGUGACUACUACGUGGUCCGCCAUUCCGAUUACCAGCUUACAACUUCUGCCUCUUACAAGCUGCGCCUGCCCACUUCUAAUGGAACUAUCACCGUGCCCCAGACCGGUGGCAGUCUUACGCUUCCCGGCCGUGACACCAAGAUCCACGUAACCGAUUACCCUGUUGGCAAUCACACUCUGCAAUAUUGCACUGCCGAGAUCUUUACCUGGCAAAAGGCUGGCGACAAGACCAUUCUCGUCCUGUACGGCGGUCUAGGCGAAAUCCACGAGCUCGCCUUGCGAGAGUCGCACCAGGUGGUUCUACUCGCGGGUCACCUCAUCUCUACCACGCCCUCUCUUGUCAACACUGUCAUCAGCUGGACUGUGGAUACUCAAAGACAGGCGGUUCAGAUCAACGACCUCGUCAUUUACCUCGUUGACCGUAACUCUGCUUACAACUACUGGGCCCCGAUCCUCCCUACCAAUAAGAACGGCAACUUUGGCAGCACGGUGAUGAACCCUGAAGCCGUCAUCAUCAACGGCCCGUACCUCGUCCGUUCCGCCGACGUGUCCGGCUCCACGCUCAACAUCCAGGCCGACUUCAACAAGACGACAGAGUUUGAAGUCAUCGGCGCCCCCAAAGGUGUCAGCAGACUUUCCAUCAAUGGCAAGAGCACCAAGUUCACCAAGUCCAAGGAAGGCAACUGGCUCGCCAAGCCCAGCAUCACGUUCCCCGACGUGAAGCUGCCCGACCUCAAGUCCCUGAACUGGAUGUCCCUAGACUCCUUACCCGAGCUGCAGCCUAGUUACGAUGACUCGGAUUGGACGCGGGCCCAGAACUUCACUCGCAACCCGGUCUGGCCGCUCAGCACGCCUGUAUCCCUCUACGGCAGCGACUACGGGUACAACACGGGCGCCCUGCUCUUCCGCGGGCGCUUCACCGCUACCGGCGGCGGCGGCCCGAGCAGUCUGUCCCUGCGCACCAUGGGCGGCCUCGCCUUUGCGAGCAGCGUCUGGCUCGACGGUGUAUUUGUCGGCGCCACCCUCGCCCAGGCUAACAACGAUGAGGCCAACUCAACCUACACCCUGCCAACGCUCGAGCCGGGCACGCUGCACGUGCUGACUAUUGUUGUGGAUAACAUGGGCCUCAAUGAGGACUUUGUUAUUGGUGAUGAGGAUAUGAAGCGACCCCGCGGCAUCCUCUCGUACAGCCUGACCAACAGCGAUGGUAGCCAGACACCCAUUGACUCGUGGAAGAUCACCGGAAACCUUGGCGGCGAGGACUACAAGGACCACUUCCGUGGGCCUCUCAACGAGGGCGGCCUCUUUGCCGAGCGCCAGGGCUACCACCAGCCGAACCCGCCCGCUGUCAAGUUCUUGGACAAGACGCCCUUUGAGCAGCACGAUGGCGCCGGCAUACAAUUCUACACGGCCAAGUUCACACUCGACUUGCCUGCGCAUGACUACGACAUUCCUCUUUCUUUUGUAUUUGCGAACUCGACGUCCCAGCCAUAUCACGCCUUCCUCUAUGUCAAUGGCUUCCAGUUCGGCAAGUACAUCAGCUACCUCGGCCCCCAGACGAGCUUCCCCGUGCCCGAGGGUAUCAUCGACCACAGCGGCGAGAACUGGGUCGCUCUCGCCGUGUGGGCGCUCGACAAGGGGGGCGCGACCGUGCCGGGGCUCGAGCUGCAGGCGCGGCAGCCCGUGCUGACGGGCAGGCAACCUGUUGAGGUAGUGGACUCUCCAAGGUGGAGGAAGCGAUCGGAUGCGUAUUAA